AUGGAACUAAUAGGAAAGGCUGGCAGGUUUUACAGACUCUCCUCAACGGAGAUCGCUGCUCAAAAAGACGACCUGAAGGCUGAAAUUAAGAGACUGUUUGAAGGUCCAGAUGAGGAUGUUUUCUGGAAACCAAACAUUCUCUUGGUGAUGAUCAAGGCCGACGACUUGAGGAGUAAGCUCAAACGGUGGCGGAGGCUGGUGCAGCUCCACCCAAAGGAUAUCAAACUUUACUUGCACAAUCAACCAACAAAGACAUACCAACCCAAUGACGACCUCAUCCGGCCCAUGCUAAACACGCAGGUGAAGGUGAUAGACUUCGACGGUUGUGUGGGCACCUCUGAGGGGGUUACAGCCCUUGGUGCGGUGACGCGAGGAGCCCGCCUCAACCUUUACUUGGCGACGCCCCUUGACCUCACAAAUCUGAGUGGGACGGCAAAGGAACUCGUGGUGUAUACACGACCGCUUCUGCCAGACACCCGCACGUAUGCGCUGCCCGCUAUACCGAGGCCAUGGCUGUGCGUAUAUAUAGAUGGGCCAGUUGAGGAGUCGUGGAAUUCCGUGGCCUACACAAUCACUCAUUUUGCCCCUGCUGGUGAAGUUAAGAGGUUUGAAGAACUUUGGCUGUGUAACAGCAUGAUUCGUCCCGACGAAGUGAACCAGCUGCUGGACUCGCUGCAGGCGGCGAAAGUCAGGACGCACUCAGAGGGCAACACUCGCGCAUCUCCCACUUCCAGCGCAAACCGCGAAAUUUGGCUGCACGUCACCGAAACCAGCAGGGCAAACAGUUAAUUGGUCCGCGAAAGCCAAUGAUCCCAUGCAAUCACGUACAUUUAUCAGUCGUGACAUCUGACAACCCAAAAUUGAUAUUAUCGUGAUGAUGGCUUCAACGAUGAUUGGAAUACGCGAGCCUACCCCUGCAACUUCACCACUACAGAAAUAAAUGUACGCGCGGGAUUACCGCAUCAAAAUCCUCUCUCAGAUUUUGUCUAAUGAAACAGUUCACUUUAGACUCACAUUAUAUGAUGCGAGCAAUAAACUUGUCGCGACGACGAGACCUCUUCAUGAGGAGUCAUGUCCAUACAUAAGUUGGGUUCAUCAAUAGUUGAAACGCUAGGAAUUGUUGCCUGAUUGAAUUCCUGCCAAAUGUCGAGGCUUGUGGUGACUAUUUGGAGCAAGGAAUGCUUUCUGAAAUGGGAUACUAUUGAAUCUAGGGUGCAGUUC